AUGGCUUUUCCCCAUCGGCUGGACGCCCCAGAGCUACCUGACUUCUCCAUGCUCAAGAGACUGGCCCGAGACCAGCUCAUCUAUCUGCUGGAGCAGCUCCCGGGGAAAAAAGACUUGUUCAUUGAGGCAGAUCUCAUGAGCCCUUUGGAUCGUAUCGCCAAUGUCUCCAUCUUGAAGCAACAUGAAGUAGACAAGCUGUACAAGGUGGAGAACAAGCCAGCCGUCAGCUCCAGUGAACAGUUGUGCUUCUUGGUCAGACCGCGCAUCAAGAACAUGCGAUAUGUUGCCAGUCUCGUCAAUGCUGACAAGUUGGCUGGCCGAACUCGGAAAUACAAAGUGAUCUUCAGCCCUCAGAAGUUUCACGCGUGUGAGAUGGUGCUGGAGGAAGAGGGAGUCUAUGGAGAUGUGAGCUGUGACGAAUGGGCCUUUUCUUUGCUACCUCUUGAUGUGGAUCUGUUGAGCAUGGAGCUCCCAGAAUUUUUCAGGGACUACUUCCUGGAGGGAGAUCAGCGUUGGAUCAACACCGUGGCGCAGGCCUUACACCUCCUCAGCACUCUGUACGGACCCUUCCCUAACUGCUACGGAAUUGGCAGAUGUGCCAAGAUGUCGUAUGAAUUGUGGAGGAUACUGGAACAGGAGGAGGAUGGCGAAACCAAGGGCCGAAGGCCAGAAAUUGGACACAUCUUCCUACUGGACAGAGACGUGGACUUUGUGACGGCACUUUGCUCCCAGGUGGUUUACGAGGGCCUGGUGGAUGACACGUUCCGCAUCAAGUGUGGGAGUGUCGAUUUUGGCCCAGAAGUCACAUCCUCUGACAGGAGCUUAAAGGUGCUACUCAAUGCCGAGGACAAGGUGUUUAAUGAGAUUCGUAAUGAACACUUCUCCAACGUCUUUGGGUUUUUGAGCCAGAAGGCCCGGAACUUACAGGCUCAGUAUGACCGCCGGAGAGGCAUGGACAUCAAGCAGAUGAAGAACUUCGUGUCCCAGGAGCUCAAGGGACUGAAACAGGAGCACCGCCUGCUGAGCGUCCAUAUCGGGGCCUGUGAAUCCAUCAUGAAGAAGAAGACCAAACAGGACUUCCAGGAGCUCAUCAAGACCGAGCACGCGCUGCUGGAGGGCUUCAACAUCCGGGAGAGCACCAGCUACAUUGAAGAACACAUAGACCGGCAGGUGUCGCCUAUAGAAAGCCUUCGCCUCAUGUGCCUUUUGUCCAUCACUGAGAAUGGUUUGAUUCCCAAGGAUUACCGAUCUCUGAAAACACAGUAUCUGCAGAGCUAUGGCCCCGAGCACCUGCUAACCUUCUCCAAUCUGCGGCGAGCGGGGCUCCUGACGGAGCAGGCCCCUGGGGACACCCUCACGGCCGUGGAGAGUAAAGUGAGCAAGCUGGUGACGGACAAGGCUGCGGGGAAGAUUACUGAUGCCUUCAGUUCUCUGGCCAAGAGGAGCAAUUUUCGUGCCAUCAGUAAGAAGCUGAAUUUGGUACGUAGGAUCGGGACAGACAGGGCAGCCGUGCUGAGGCUGCUCAACUGCAGCGAGUUGGCGUUCACAGACAUGACCAAGGAAGACAAGGCUUCCAGCGAGUCCUUGCGCCUCAUCUUGGUGGUGUUCCUGGGUGGCUGCACGUUCUCUGAGAUCUCAGCCCUCCGCUUCCUGGGCAGAGAGAAAGGGUACAGGUUCAUUUUUCUGACCACGGCAGUCACAAACAGUGCUCGCCUCAUGGAAGCCAUGAGUGAAGUGAAAGCCUGA